CACGUGAGUGGAAGUGUUCGCAGCGUAGUGUCUUCAGCGCGAGUUUCCAUCAGUGAGAUUCCAUUAAAUCAACGAGAGCGGUAUUUGUCGGGACUGGUCGCAGUGUCGUUCAAUUUCAAUUGUCAGCAUUAGUGUUCAGUGCGCGGUUGAGGAAUUUUUCGAGUGAGAACGGAAAAAAGCGGAAAGUGCUGAUAAUACUGUUUUGAUUAGUGAGGAAUAGUUAUUGGGAACUGUGCUCGCCGGGACGACGAGUGGCGGCGAUCUUAUCAGCACCGUAAAGGACUGUGUGGAUUUUAUGCAGAAAGCGUUUCCAGUUGGCUAUUUUUGGAUUGAAAAGUGCAUUUUUGUGAUGAUUUAUGUUAGCAGCGGGGUGCACGAUAUCAUAUAGUGCGUCCAUGUUUUAAGUGAAACAAAAAAAAACGACAAGUGUAAGUGAUUCGUGGAAGUAACAUAAAAACAAGAAUUUGGCUAUUAAAAAGCUAAUUCGCUGCAAAUAAUCGGCUUUCAAGCAGUGUGCUAGUGAAGAAAUUGCAAAAGCAUUUACUUUUGACAAAGAGCAAUCAAAGCGCAAAUUGCCCGGUUGAAAUUAAGCGAAACCAAACAACGGUGGCCGGAGCUUCAAAACCAGCAGCAGAAACAGAAGAAAAUCAAAUUUCGCAAAAGUGCUUUUGUGUUGUUUUUUCUUCGCUUCGCCCGAAACCAGACAACGAAUGAAUGCAUCUGUCAUAAAAAUGAUUUAAUGAACAAAUUGUUUCGCUGAUUACCCACGGAACGAGGACCGUCGUCGGAGUCUGUGAAGCUGCAGCAGCCAGCGAAGCAACGCGAAAUAAAAGAUAACCUUUCGGGAUUAAGCAUAAACAAUCCGUUGGGCAGUGAGCCGUAAACGGGUGACUUCUCGCAGUCGCCCCCAACACCCCCGAUUGAAACGAAGUUGAGCUUGAAGUGUUAAUUGAUACAAUCUACAGAAGAUGCUGAAACACGUGCAGAUCUCUCCAAUGCGUGGCCGGUCGGAUUCGCUCUCGAUGCGGUCGUCAACCUCCUGUGCCUCGUCCCUGUGCGGAAGUCCUGAACCGCCGGGUGAUCAACUCCGCAGCCAUUCGCGGGCAUCCAGUUAUUCCAGCUUGAAUGAAACCAUACCGCAGACAACCAUCAAAAUAUACACGGCAUGCCUCCGUCAGGACAUUGAGUACAAAACGCUAGGGAUCUCGUACGACGCAACCAGCAAAAGUGUUGUUCAGCAAUUGCUUAGACGAUGCAAAAUGCGACACCGGGAUCCACGGUUGUUCUACCUCACAAUGGAAGUUACGGUACGGCGACCGGGCGUGAAAUCGGUGCUGGAACUGGACGACGAAGCCCGACCGGCGCUGCUGCAAGCUUGCCAUCCCAAGGGUGACUCCAGAUUUUGCCUGCAGCAAAAACCUGGCGGUCUAAUCCGGGUCCACACGUCAGCUCUUCAGCCCAACUCCCAGUACAAAUCGCUACUCAUCUCGGAGGAAACCACCUCAGAUGAGCUGCUAGCGCUUCUGCUCUCCUGCUACAAUUCACUCGAACCCGUAGAACAGUUCAGCCUGUACGAGGUCUGCCCGGGUCAGGAAUACCAACGCAAGCUACACCCGGACGAUCUGCCGCUGAAAACGCAACUCCAACGUCAACAGAAGAACGAAAUUAUGCAUUUUUUGGUUCGACGAAACCCAAACUAUCCCCGCCGACGACAGAUGCUAGCUCCCAUCUCCGAAUCCAAGCACUUUAUCAUCAGCCCGGGACUGAACCACAGGCUAUCGCUGCACUCGUCGACCUUCCCGCUAAGUGCCGUCACUACCCCAACCAACACGCUAAUCUCGGACAUUGUGGAUGGAGUUUCGUCCCUCAACAAUCUGAAGGAACCCAAAAGCUUAGCCCUUCGGGAAUGCCUAUCUUCCUCUUCCUCCUCAUCAUCAACCACAUCUUCAUCAUCCUGUUCGUCCACGUCCUCUUCAUCCAGCCGAACCGACAGUGAGAAAGAAGAUAACAAUAACGACACCGUGACAAGUUGUCUUCAGUGCAAAUCAACCAAAUCGGGAUGCAGUGGACAUUCACAGCGAAGGGACUUCACCGAAGAAACCGUACCCGCUCCAGCUGUUAAAGGCAAGAAUCUCGAUCGCUUCCCACUGGCUCCACCGCGUCCUUCCAAAGCCUCUCUGUUGCCAUCGGUGCUGACUGCCCCGAACGUACCUUCGUACAACCCCGUGUACAACAUCCGGGAAAUUCGGACCGUGUGUAAUUCCUUCUCCUCGUUGGGAAUUGAUAAGAAGCUGGUAGACAUUGAACGAUUCAACGGCAGCAGUGACAACUCGAAUUCCCUUAACUGCAAAAUAUUGCGGAAUAACAUCGUCAAGGAAGCUGUCAACACCGACCCCAUGAAGGGGGUAGGAAAUUUUAUCUAUAUCUGAACAAUUGACCGCAGUGAAGCAAUCUGCCAGGGCAAAUCACCAAAGUCAACUGCAAACAACUUUUCCAAAAUGAUUUGCACCAUAGAGACGGAAAUUUCCGAUUAGGCAACUUUUCCCACUCCACCCCCCUGGGUGAAACGAAGAAGUUUGCUUCGAACGUCACAGAAACAGUCGCCCAAGACGACACCGCAAAUACAAGAAGAAACACAUUUAUUCGUAUAUAUUUUAUUUCAUCCUAGUCAAAGUUAUUAAUGUUAUUAUAUCGAUUUUAUUUGAAGUUUGUUUUUGCCGCUGCUGCUGCAACAUUUGUAUGUAUAUUCUUUUGCCUUCUCCAAAAACGAUCGAAAGCAAUCAUGGAACAUGUAAUUCAAGCCAAAACAGCGAAACUCCUCAACGCGGAUGAAACUUUUUUUUCCCCAAUCAACAUGUAUUUGAUAGGAUAGUGAUUAUGCGAGCCAGAAUCGAAUCUUGUAAAGUAACCUUAAGAAACGCACAGACAGCAGAUACAUAAAUGUGACAGUUUUCUUUUCGGGAAGAAGCGCUGCAUGCCAAAGAAUCGACUAGAUUUUAGAACAUUGAACAAGGUUAGAAUUUAUUUAGAUAAGACUAUUCAACGAAACUCAGUAAAACCAAAUAUGAUUACAAACAACAAAGCUGCUUGCAAACCAAUAGAAAGUCAAACUAGUUGAGGGUAGUCAGAUCGCUGAAAUCAUACUUAUCGAGAUAGACCGUAUUACUCAAAUUGUAAAACUAAUAGUCACGUACCCAAAUCACUUGCGAAAUGUGUGAACACAAUCCAUAUGAAUACACACCCUCGUAUGUAGUCCUGAAGGAAAAUCCGUUAUAUAAACUUGUACACAUACAGCUAGCUUUUAAGGUAAAGCUCGAAGCGUUUACUUCGGGCCUGAAUAAAGAUGAUGAGAGAAAAGUUAUGAAGUGAAAAUUGAAA